AUGAAGCACUCUCAAUUGGCCCCGCUUCCCAACGACCUGCCAUUUCGCAUAGUGUCGAAAACAAUUGGACAGGGGGCAUAUGCAUGUAUCAAAAGGGCAUGCCCGCUCCAGAGCGACUCGCCUAUAUUCGCAGUUAAAUUCAUCCACAAGGAUUACGCAGCUCGACAUGGGCGUAUCACUAGUAAACAACUACAAAUGGAGGUGGCCCUGCAUAAACACAUCGGACGCCACAAUAACAUCAUCUACUUCCACGAAACCGGUGAGGAUGAUUGCUGGCGGUGGAUAGCCAUGGAAUUAGCUGAAGGGGGCGACUUGUUUGACAAGAUCGAGGCUGACGAGGGAGUCGGGGAAGAUAUCGCCCACGUCUACUUCUGUCAGCUGGUAAAUGCAGUUGGAUACAUGCAUUCCAAGGGCGUGGCCCAUCGGGAUAUCAAACCCGAGAACAUUCUUCUCUCCGCGGAUGGCAAUUUGAAAAUAGCCGAUUUUGGACUAGCUACGCUGUAUGAGUACCGUGGAGAGACGAAGCUGAGCUCAACCCUGUGCGGCAGCCCGCCCUACAUCGCCCCCGAGGUGGUGAAGUGCAGUAGCAGAGGUAAGUCCAAGGGCGAUGGUUACAGAGCAGAUGUUGUGGAUAUCUGGUCCUGUGGAGUGGUUCUCUUUGUCCUCCUUGUUGGCAAUACACCCUGGGAUAGCCCAACGGAUGAGAGUUAUGAAUUUGUCGAGUAUGUGAAAACAAACUCCAAACCAACGGAUGAGCUGUGGGAACGAUUACCCGUUGCUGUACUGUCUCUCCUUCGGGGAAUGAUGAAGAUCGACACCGCGAAGAGGUUCACUAUGGAUGAUAUCCGUAGACACCCAUGGUUUACACGGGAGAAUCCUUACAUGUGUGCGGAUAACAGGUUAUCCAACCCUUUAAAUCUAGCUACCACCAUGUUCGAAUCAUUACAUAUUGAUUUCAACAGAGAUCCGCUAUCUCUUUCUUCUCAGCCUCAGCGCACUGCUACGGAUACCAGCGCCAUGGAUCUAGAUGAACCAGGGUCGUCUAUGAAGCCUAGAUUUUCAUCCACUCAACCCGAUUAUCCUGUCGAGGACAUGCUAGAUUGGGAUGGACCCCCCCGCUUAUCAUCGCAAUCUGCCUUCUCCCAACCCAAGUCAAUGGAUUCGGAUCAUGUUAUGCUCCUCACAGAACGUUUAUCUCAAGACCCGUCAAUGUCUCAAUUCUCCACAACCCCCUCCGUCCCCAUCAGUCGAACGCAGAACGCACAGAACUUCCAGGAUAUCGUUCCUGCAUCUCGCCUGACCCGGUUUGCCUCGACAUGGCCUCUUGGGUUACUGGUAACACGCGUCUGUGAAGCCCUCCAGCUGCUGCAUGUGCCAGCAUCCCCGACAUCAUCUGAUUCUGCUGACGCGAUAGUCAUCCGGAUACGGACGCAGGAUGACAGGAAGUGCCCCCUCCACGGCAAUGUUAUUAUUGAAAGUAUCACGGAUGGGCAUGCGGAGGUUGAAUUUGUUAAGGUAAAAGGCGAUCCGCUGGAAUGGAGAAGGUUCUUCAAGAAGGUGACUAUUCUUUGCAAGGAUGCGGUGUUUAAACCCGAUACAUAG